AUGAACUCGACCGUCUGGUUUGUGGAUAGUUAUGAAGAAGCUCUUGCCAAAAACAUUGUGAUUGUUUCUCUCGGUCUUGUCAUUAAUUUCAUUAAUGGAAUGCUAGUGGUGACUUUCUUCUCCAAUCCAAUGUUUUCAAGAGACUCCAGAUACAUUUUAUACAUUCACCUGGUAAUCAAUGACAUGCUCAUGAUAUGCCUAUCAGUGACUAUAUAUGUGUUGACCUAUGCUUCCCAACUUGUAAAUGCAUCAUUGUGUUACACAUUGGUUUUUCUUGGUACAACCACCUUUAUGAUCACUCCAUUGAAUCUGGCUGGUAUGGCGGUAGAGCGUUUUAUUGCUAUCUGUAAACCACUGCAUCACGUUCAGAUUUGCACACCUCAACGAACCCACAUCUUUAUAUGUUUGAUUUGGUUUGUAGGAGCCAUGCCCUCUCUGGCAGAUAUCAUUAUUCUACUCAUUGUCCAGCCCAUAUCUCUCUUCAGGUCUACUGUGCUUUGCUACACAUUUAGUUUGUUCCCGACAAAACACCACAAGGAUCGCAUCACUGCUUCUCAAGUCCUCUGUAUGUCACUGGUGUGGAUAAUUCUCAUUUAUACUUAUUGCAGAGUCAUGUUCACUGCCGGAAAGGCAACCUCAAAAGGUUCAGCAAAUAAGGCUCGGAGUACGAUAUUGUUGCAUGGUGUCCAGUUACUUCUUUGCAUGCUUUCCUAUAUCACCCCUGUUAUGGAUAUGUUUGUCUCUCCUUUUUUUCCUGUUCACAGAACAAAGAUCACUUUCUUUAAUUAUCUAAUCACAAAUAUUAUGCCAAGAUUACUGAGUCCUUUGAUUUAUGGGGUCCGAGACCAGAGGUUUCUGAAACAAAUGAAGGAAUAUUUUGCUUGUAAAAUUAUUAUUGUAAAGAUUGUGCCAUCAAAAUUAUAA